CACGAAUCGGACAACUCCCUAUACGUCACGUAUACUCGUCCUCUGAGGUACUUCCCCACCCCGCGGGCCCCCAUGUCCCGCUUUCCCAUCCAUGUUCAUUUUCCCCAAAAAAAAAAAAAAAAAUGAUUUACAAAUGGGCUUGUUCGAAUCGAAGGGUCAAAGAGUGGCGGCUCAUUUGUGUGACUGUGAUAGUAGCAGAGUUGGUUGGUAUGGCUUCACCGGGUUCGGUUCAGAAAACAGAGGAGGAGUGGAGGGCUGUCCUCUCUCCCGAGCAAUUUCGGAUUCUUCGAAACAAAGGGACAGAGCUGAAAGGAACUGGGGAAUAUGAUAAGUUCUUCGAGGAAGGGAUUUACAGCUGUGCCGGUUGUGGAACACCACUCUAUAAAUCCACAACCAAAUUUAAUUCUGGAUGUGGUUGGCCUGCUUUCUAUGAGGGAUUCCCUGGAGCCAUAACUCGCACUCCGGACCCAGAUGGAAGGAGAACUGAGAUCACAUGCACAGCUUGUGGAGGGCACUUAGGCCAUGUUUUCAAGGGGGAGGGAUUCAAAACUCCCACAGAUGAACGCCACUGUGUCAAUAGUGUUUCCAUCAAGUUUGCUUCUGCAAACUCUGCUCCUUCACUAUGAAGUCUUCCGAUGUUGUCAUUUUCCAGGAACCUGCAUCCUCCUGUGUACAAUCUUGUCUCGAGGUUAGUGUGGUUUAUGCCUCCUAGAAAGGCCAAUAAGGUGGACUGCGAGUGAUGGAAUGACUCUGUGACGUCUGAGCUAAUAAAACCUUUGGUUUGUGUUA